UCCUCGACGAUGAACUCAUCUAGCUAAAGCCAUGUGUUCGGCUGCCCCAAAAUCCUGACCAAGCACAGCCCAGCUAAAAUGUCGCUUCUCACUCCUCAGCCCUCUUCCUCCCCCAUACCCUUCGCUUUCUUCUUCCUCUUCCUCUUCGCUUUUUCCUCUUCUCAAGCUAACUCUUCCGACGGGGGCAGGAAGGUGCAAGCCAACCGCGUUCUGUUAACAGGAAAUGAGACCUUGCGCAGUGAGAAUGGGACAUUCGAGCUUGGCUUCUUCAGCUUCAAUGGCGGAGAACCCAAUUAUUACUUGGCGAUAAGGUACGCGUCGGUUCCGCUUCCCACGUACGUCUGGGUCGCGAAUCGCGAAAAACCCAGCAAAAAUCUCGCCUAUUCGACCCUGGAAAUCACUGAAACUGGCCUCCUUGUUGUGAAAGAUUCACCAACCUCGAUUCUUUGGCAGAGUACGAAUUUAGAAACUUCUGGAGCAGGAGAAGUAAAGCUUUUAGACAGUGGGAAUUUGGUCCUCCUCACUCGUGACAGCUCUGUUUCAUGGCAGAGCUUCGAUUUUCCCACGGACGCUUGGCUCCCGGGCAUGAAUAUGACCCGGACCCGGUCCCUGGUGUCGUGGCGGAGCCCCACGGACCCAUCGCCGGGACUCUAUUCUCUGCGGCUGAAACCGCCAGGCUACGGUGAGUUCGAGCUCCUCUUCAAUGACUCCAAAUCUUAUUGGACAACCGGACGGUGGAAGGGCGACUCGUUCCUCAACAUUCCGGAGAUGAUGAUUCCAUACCUCUAUCUCUUCGACUUCGCGAAUCCAUUCACACCAAAGGCUUCGUUUGGGUUCCGGGAGAAGCCUCUGAACGGGCAGAGACCACCCACGUAUUUCCGAGUCGAAUCGUAUGGGCAGGUCCGACAGUACACAUGGUGGUCUCAGGCUGGAAGCUGGAACAUUUUCUGGUCGGAGCCGAAAAAUGUGUGUGACGUUCAUGGCCUGUGUGGUAGCCUUGGAGUCUGCAAUGGCGAAACUACGCCGGAGUGCCAGUGCGUCUCCGGUUACAAGCCCUUGGACGACGGUAGAUGGGCUUCCGCAGACUACUCCGGCGGGUGCCGUCGGAAAACCGAUAGUCCCUGCGAUAAAAGUGAUGGGUUCGAAGAUAUGGGCGUUAUGAGCUUUGAAGCACUCAAUGUGCGAUCGUUUCAAACCAAGUCUCGCGGCAAUUGCGAGACUAAUUGUUUAAGUUCUUGUGAUUGUAUUGGUUUAUCUUUCAGUCAAAAGACCGGUUCCUGCCGGAACUUCUUCGGCUCAAUUCUGAAUCUCCAUAAUUCAUCUUCUGAAACCCCUGUUUCUGGCAAUUUGUAUGUUAGGGUACAACGAGGUGAAUCUGUGAAGAGACAGAGUCGUCAAAUUCUGACUGGCACUAUCAUUGGGGCAAUUGCUUUUCUUGGGUUAAUAGUGGCGACAUUGUUAGUAUUGCUGAAUCGAAGGCGGAAGAAGAAGAAACUAGAAGAAGAUGGAUUGAUUCCUGUUCUGAAUCUUCAGUUAUUUUCCUACAAAGAGCUGCAAUUAGCGACUCGGGGAUUCUCAGAGAAGGUGGGCCAUGGUGGGUUCGGGACAGUAUUUCAAGGAGAAUUACCAGAUUCAACCCUCGUAGCCGUGAAGCGACUGGAGAGGCCAGGUGGUGGAGAAAAGGAGUUCAGAGCCGAAGUUUCCACCAUUGGUAAUAUCCAACAUGUUAAUCUCGUUAGACUCAGAGGCUUUUGCUCAGAAAAUUCUCACAGACUUCUGGUUUACGAGUUCAUGCCCAACGGUGCUCUUAGUUCUUACCUUCGCAAGGAAGGAGGGCCUAGUCUAAGCUGGGAUGUUAGGUUCCGAAUAGCCGUGGGAACAGCCAAAGGUAUAGCUUACUUGCACGAAGAAUGUCGAGAUUGCAUCAUUCACUGUGAUAUCAAACCCGAAAACAUCCUCUUGGACACCAAUUUCACGGCCAAAGUUUCUGACUUUGGAUUAGCGAAGCUCAUGGGGAGGGAUUUCAGUAGGGUUUUAGCAACCAUGAGAGGUACCUGGGGGUAUGUAGCACCGGAGUGGAUUUCUGGCGUAGCAAUCACCACAAAAGCUGAUGUUUACAGCUACGGCAUGACAUUGAUAGAGCUGAUCAGCGGUCGCCGGAAUGUGGAGGCACCCCCACAAUCAGGUGGUGGCGCCGGCUUCGAGGAGGCCGGAGAGAAAGAGAAAUGGUUCUUCCCUCCGUGGGCUGCACGGCAGAUAACUGAAGGGAAUUGGACUGCAAUACUUGACAGGAGACUUGGGAAUGCGUACAACAUGGAGGAGGUAAGGAGGGUGGCUCUGGUGGCUGUAUGGUGCAUUCAGGAUGAUGAAGGAAGUAGGCCUACAAUGGGGAUGGUGGUGAAGAUGUUGGAGGGGUUAGUGCAAGUAGAAGUUCCUCUCACGCCUAAAUUGCUUCAGGCAUUGGUUUCCGGCGAGUCCUUUAGAGGCAUCAAGGCAGAUUCCGGCACCUCCGGUGGCAAUGCCGAUUCAGAAUCAUUUACAGUGUGUGUUUCUUCCCCAGCAACCAUGAAUGUCAAUGUCGUUGUACAAUGAUGACGAUGAGUUCAAGGUGCAAGGUAGAGCAUUUUGAGUUCGAAAAAGAAAACGCGGUGUAGAUGAAGAUGUAAAGUGCUUGGAUUUUCUGUAAAAGUUUUGGGUUUUUUAUUCAAAAUGAAAAUCCUGGAAGUUGUUUUUUCUCUA